GCACCAACCCCUUCCUCAGGUCGGUGCACCGCUGUGUGACCUCCAAGCGGCCGCAGCUCCCAGACAAGCACUCGGUUACCACCUUGCUCAACACCUGUGCCCGGAGCAUCCACAAGGUCUGCCUCUCAGCUGCAUAGCCAGGACUGCAGGGAUGGCCCGCAGGCUCAUCGGGGCCAAGGACGCAUGCCUCCUGUCAGACACUUCUAGGCGUUGGUGUCCAUGGAGAGCCUGGAGUUAGACUCUUACGUUUAAAGAAAAAGUAACAAGCCUUAAAUUUAAAGAAAAACCUACAGACCUGGAGACCAGGAGCUCUCACAAAUGUAUUUUUACAUCUGCAAGAAAUUAACUAGUCAUCAAAUGCUUAGUAGCACAGAAAUUCUCAAGUGGUUGCAGGAAAUUUUGACCUGCAGGAAUAAAUUUCUUCUUUAAAAUAAGCAGGCAGAUAGAAGUUCCUGUCACUUUCUCCUUUUUUAUGGAGUAGGAUGUGAUACUCCUUCUAGUGGAAAUACCAGUCAAAUGUCCAUGGGUCUUGAAGUGUCACUACAUACUCCUGAGCCUCUCUCCAGAAGGGAAAAGGGAACUCCUCUAUGGAUAGUGCAGCAGGAUGCAGCGGAACCCCCCGACUUGCCGACAAGCGCAGACCAGUCUAGAAGUGGCCCUGUACGUGUUUCCGCAGAACCCUCACACUGAAGCUGUUCUGGUUGCCAUGUCCUGUUUCUGCCACCUCUGUGAGGAAGCAGAUACCCAGUGUGGGGUGGAUGAAGUGUCAGUGCAUAACCUCUUGCCCAACUCUAACACAUUCAUGGAGUUUGCCUGUCAGCAAUAUGAUGUCAACAGGCUUGGGAAGAUACACAUGCAAAAUGGGAACAAGCAACAAAACUAAUCCUUAGCUAUCCAAAAGCCCAAAUGGAAGAUGGCCAGGCUGUUGAAAGCUUCACAAGACCAUUGUUAAGAGGCGAAUGUCCCAUGUGAGUGGAGGAGGACCCGUAGAUUUGUCUGACACAGACUCCCUACAGGCAUGGAUCAACAUGACUGGCUUCCUUUGUGCCCUUGGGGGAGUGUGCCUCCAGCAGAGAAGUAAUUCUGGCCUGGCAACCUAUAGCCCACCCAUGGGUCUGGUCAGUGAACAUAAGGGUUCCAUGAUUUCAGUGAUGCCCUCAGAGGGAAACGCAGAUACACCUGUCAGCAAAUAUAUGGAUCAGCUGUUGUCGUUAAUGGUGUGUAACCUUGAGAAAGUGGGACUUCAAAUACGGACCAAUGAUAAGGACCUGGUGGGUCUAGAAUUGAGUCCUGCUCUUUAUCUGAUGCUAUUUAACAAAUUGAAGAAGACCCAUCAGCAAGUUUUUUGACUCAUAAGGACAGGUUUUAUUGACUGAUACCAAUACUCAAUUUGUAGAGCAAACCCUAGAUAUAAUGAAGAACUUGCUAGAUAAUCAUACUGAAGGCAGCUCUGAACAUCUAGAGCAAGCUAGCAUUGAAACAAUGAUGUUAAAUCUGGUCAGGUACGUUUGUGUGCUUGGGAAUAUGGUCCAUGCAAUUGAAAUAAAAACGAAACUGUGUCAGUUGGUUGAAGUAACGAUGGCAAGAAGAGAUGACCUCUCAUUUUGCCGAGAGAUGACCUCUCAUUUUGCCAAGAGAUGAAAUUUAGGAAUAAGAUGGUAGAAUACCUGACAGACUGGGUUAUGGGAACAUCAAACCAAGCAGCAGAUGAUGUUGUAAAAUGUCUUACAAGGCAUCAGGUACAUGAAAAAGAAAGAGAUCAAGGCUUUGAAAACGUUAAGCAUUUUCUACCAAGCUGGGGCUUCCAAAGCUGGGAAUCCUAUUUUUUAUUAUGCUGCACGGGUGAGAAAAUGGCUCGUCACCUUGGAUACCAAUGUUUUACAUCAGGGAUUGGUCACUCCUGCUGCUGUCAGCACUGUAAACACUGCUGGAGGGAGUCAGCCCAAGUCCCCACCCCCCAGCCAGGUCUCAUAGAGGGAAUUGUUCUUCAGGCUCAGAGGGGCCUGCCUGUCACUGCGCCCCUGACCCUAGCUCAGGGACUGCAGAACUCAAGAUACCAUCCCGUUUCUCCUGGCUGAGGAGGGGAAGGGAACAUCCACAUCUUCUGUACUCGUCCAUUCUGUGUCCCCGGGGCCUGGAGUAAAGACACCUUCAAAUGCAGAGACUCUUCAGAUUCAGCUUUCCUGGAAACUGAUCUUCAAUGCACUAAGAGAAGGAGACUCUCAAACCAAAAAUGACCUGGAGGCACCAUGUCAGGCUUCUGUUUACGGUCAGUUUGGCAUUACAGAUCAUUAAUUUGGGAAACAGCUAUCAAAGAGAGAAACAUAACGGCGGUAGAAAGGAAGUCAUCAAGGUUGCCACUCAGAAGCACCAACAGUCACCGCUCAACUGGACCUCCAGUCAUUUCGGAGAGGUGACUGGGAGCGCCGAGGGCUGGGGGCCGGAGGAGCCGCUCCCCUACUCCUGGGCUUUCGGAGAGGGUGCGUCCGCGAGGCCGCGCUGCUGCAGGAACGGCGGUACCUGCGUGCUGGGCAGCUUCUGCGUGUGCCCGGCCCACUUCACCGGCCGCUACUGCGAGCAUGACCAGAGGCGCAGUGAAUGCGGCGCCCUGGAGCACGGAGCCUGGACCCUCCGCGCCUGCCACCUCUGCAGGUGCAUCUUCGGGGCCCUGCACUGCCUCCCCCUCCAGACGCCUGACCGCUGUGACCCGAAAGACUUCCUGGCCUCCCACGCUCACGGGCCGAGCGCCGGGGGCGCGCCCAGCCUGCUACUCUUGCUGCCCUGCGCACUCCUGCACCGCCUCCUGCGCCCGGAUGCACCAGCGCACCCUCGGUCCCUCGUCCCUUCCGUCCUCCAGCGGGAGCGGCGCCCCUGCGGAAGGCCGGGACUUGGGCAUCGCCUUUAAUUUUCUAUGUUGUAAAUAAUAGAUGUGUUUAGUUUACCGUAAGCUGAAGCACUGGGUGAAUAUUUUUAUUGGGUAAUAUUUUCAUGAAAGCGCCUUAGGCUCCAGAUCCUUGGGAGAGGGACAUGUGUGUCCCCAGCACCACUGUGACCGGUAGGUAGAGACAGCAGAACAACAGCGAGAAGGAGCCAAAGCUGGAGCCAGAAAGCCUGGCACCGCCACCUUCCCCUGACAGUUAGCACCUUCCUUUCACAACAUCUCCCUUAAGGGGGAAGCGUCUGCUGUGGAACCUACCGCAAGGCAACGCAGGCAGAGUUCAGCCUGAAGAGCCCCAGGCCAGCCUCCUCCGUCUCCCAAGCACUGCUUCUCAGGUCGCUUCCCAAUCUGAGGAGGCUGUCGUGUCCACAACCAGUCCAGGGGGAUGCGCGCCACUAGCUGAGGAUGCCAGGCCCGGCGACACCACACAGGCUUGGCCAUGCGGAAUGUGCCCUCAAGAGCACACACUUCGGGUAGAGGGCACUUGCAUUGAGCUCUUCAGCUUUUUAAAUCCACUGUAGUUCAUGAGCCUGUGUGACACGAUUACUUUCACAUUUUAUAUUGUCAAUUAGUUUAUUGGCAUUUUCAAUCUUUUCAACUAUUGGCUAUGAAAAUAUGAAUUUAACGUAACAUUCAAAUGAGUAUUAAAGAAAAAUAAAGUAGAACUUCAUUAGA